AUGCUAAGAAACAGUCUUAGCGACGAAUCCAACUCCAGAACGACCGAUGGAGGGAAUGCUGAUCAGAAGAGAGCUCGCCUUGAGAUCAUCCGAGCUCCAGCAAGUCCAUCGUCAGCCAACCCUGCCCCAUCUCACAGUCCAACCUGCCUACCAAGUCAAGACCAUCGAGUAUCUUCGCCAGAUACAAGGAGUCCACGUAGCGUUAGUGCAGGCACCAUGUCCCCAACCAAGUCACUAUCGCCAGUGGCUUCUCCUAGGAUAGAGUCCGCAGAGCAGAGUGAAGGCAUCAGGGCACCAGGCUAUGGCAUGAUCCAACCAGGAUCUGCAAUCGAUUUCGAGCAAACCGAUGGAAGGAGGUUGGGAUUAAUGCAGCAACAGUCUUCGAAUACUGCGUCAGCUGCAGCAGCUCUUGCGUCAAGUGUCGCUGGGCAGAGUGGACUUGGCACCGGGAAGGGUCAGCGACCACCGAUAGAGGUUCUGUGUCGGUUGUUCCCGACGCAGAAGAGAGCCGUGCUUGAACUCAUGCUCCAAGGCUGCGAUGGUGAUGUCGUACAGGCCAUUGAACAACUCCUAAAUUGCCAACGCGAAGGGUCUUCUUCAUCGUCAGCGUCGUCGACGCCGUCAACAGCGUUGACCACAGACUCUGUCACGUAUCCAACGACGACUUCGACCGUACCGUCAGUGGCCGAGCCACCGUGUAUCGCCCAUCGUCCAUACUUAUCUACAACACCUGUGUGCACCGCAGGACUAAAAUCGGCUUUCUCACCUCUCACCGCUUCUCAUGACAAGACUUUGAUUCAACCACCGGUUACCCAUGCAGGGUUACCUCCCAUGAGAUUAGCGUACCCGUCGUAUCCCCGGGGAAUCACGUUCUGGAACCCUUACACUUCGGCUAUGAUCCCAGCUGCGUUUGGUGUCCAACAGCCAGCAGAGUGCCACUUUAACGGUAUCAUGGGAGGACCAAGGAAAGACAACACCAGACCCAACGGUGCUUUCGGUGGCGGAAGUCCAUGAACCUGACACACCUUUCACCAUUGUCAGCUGAAUUCGGGAAAGGUUCCGGAAAGAAACAUGUUCUCCUACAUCGAAGGUCUCUAAGUUGUGAGCUUACCUGAUAUCGGACUGGGAUUAAUUAUGAACUGUCCAGUCUUUCUGAACAUCGUGGUUGUCAUUGCGUCCCAGAGUCUUGGCACAUGAUCAGACGGAACAUCACUUUGAACAGGAAUAGGUUAUGUUUUCCAGCAACGGAAAUUUCCAAGUUGUGAGCGUACCUGAAAUAAUCUAGGAUUGAUUGUUGGAAAAAAAAUUAUCUACAACUUCUCUGAACAAGGUAAAAAUCCAAGCUUCUUGGCGCAUUAUCUGAUGGAACAUUACUUAGAACAUGAACAUGUUAUGUUUCCAACAAAGGAUAUCUCUAAGUUGUGAGCAUACCUGAAAAAGAUUGGGAUUAAUUGAAAUGUGUACAUCUCUUCUGAACAAGGUAACAUCCCAACUUUUGGCGAAUG